UAUUGGCUGUAUUAAUUCAAUAACACGUACACCAACGUGCACUUAACCUCAAAUUGUUAAGGUGACACGUUUUACGAGUACAGUGGACAAUUUCUUAGAAAUCAUUUUUGUCUUUAAUAAACAUGCCUGCUCCAUGCGAGGAAAUUAUCGAGGACAUCGAGGAUUUAAUUGCGUCCCAGGAUAUAACGCCCAAGGAGAGAUAUAGUUCGCGGAAACAUAUCACGAUACGACCAAAGCGAAGGAAGCAGCUGCAAGAGGAAGUAUCGCAGCCGUCUAUUUUGUCGAGCAUAAUACCUGGCACGCAAACGAUUUAUGUGAAAACAUGGGGAUGCACGCACAACAGUUCGGACACCGAAUAUAUGGCCGGUCAAUUGGCGUCGUACGGUUAUAAUUUAACCGAGGAUAAACUGAAAGCGGAUCUGUGGCUUCUGAACUCUUGCACUGUGAAGAGUCCUGCAGAAGAUCAAUUCAGGAAUGAAAUAGAGUAUGGAAAGAAAAUUGGCAAGCACGUUGUAGUUGCUGGAUGUGUAUCACAAGGUGCUCCAAAAUCUUCCUUCCUUCAAGGGUUAAGUGUGAUUGGAGUACAACAAAUUGAUCGAGUGGUAGAAGUUGUGGAAGAAACUUUGAAAGGAAAUACAGUCAGAUUCUUACAGCAGAAGAAGGAUCUUGGUAAGAAGACAGGCGGAGCUUCACUGAAUCUUCCAAAGGUACGCCGAAAUCCACUUAUCGAGAUUAUAGCCAUUAACACAGGCUGCUUGAAUCAAUGCACCUACUGCAAGACAAAACAUGCACGAGGUGAACUGGGUAGUUAUCCUCCAGAAAAGAUAGUCGAACGAGCCAAGCAAGCUUUCGAGGAGGGUGUAUGCGAGUUGUGGCUCACAUCGGAAGAUACAGGCGCCUAUGGUAGAGACAUUGGCACUAGCUUGCCAAAACUACUAUGGCAAUUGGUAGACGUGAUUCCAGAUGGUUGCAUGAUGCGCGUCGGUAUGACCAAUCCACCAUAUAUCUUGGAACAUCUGGACGAAAUGGCCAAGAUCCUGCGGCAUCCUAAAGUCUAUAGCUUCCUACAUAUCCCGGUACAGUCUGGCAGUGACCAGGUACUAGCUGACAUGAAGCGGGAGUAUACACGUGCUGAAUUCGAGCACGUAGUAAACUUUCUGAGUGAGCGGGUGCCUGGUUUGACUAUCGCCACAGACGUUAUUUGCGGUUUUCCCACGGAAACGGAGAUGGAUUUCGAGGAGACGAUGACACUCUGUCAAAAGUACAAGUUCCCAAGCCUCUUCAUCAAUCAGUUCUUCUCUCGACCCGGCACGCCCGCCGCCAGGAUGCCGAAAAUACCUGCACAGAAGGUGAAAACUAGAACUAAGAGGUUGUCGGAAUUUUUCCAAUCGUACGAACUAUAUGGACACAAAGUGGGACUGAUACAGAAGGUGCUAGUAACGGAGACAUCGCAUGAUAAGCAGCAUUACGUGGGCCAUAACAAAUUCUACGAACAGGUGUUGAUUCCGCUGAAGCAGGAGUACAUGGGAAAAAUGAUUGACGUAAGGAUUAUAGAAGCGACGAAGUUCUCUAUGAAGGGAGAACCGAUUGGUAAAGGUGUGUCUCCGGCACUGAGGUCUUCUCUACCGCAAGGCGUUGUUUCCAGAUUAUCGUACGAAAAGCCAUCGAAAUAUGGAAUCGUGACAUUUACGAUGCUCUUAUUAGCUGUGAUUCUUAGAAUAUUAUGGAAAUUUUUUAUUUAGAUAUAUAAUUUAUAUAAG